AUGUAUGAAAUUAUGAACCUAUCACUCCUCUUAUACUUUAAUGAUCUUGCUGAAAUCUUAACUACUCUAUAUCUUCUGAGAAGCUCCCCUGCUCUGGAAGAACUAGAUGUUACGGUCCGCCAUAAAGAACAGGAGAUUGCUGUUGAUGAAGAAGCAAACUCUUGGUUGGAUAACCUAGAUGAUGACAUAAAUUGCUCGUUCCCCAAACUGCGACUUGUUGAAAUAACCCACUUUUCUGGUUGCAAAGCUGAACUAGAUUUCAUCAGACUUUUGCUUCUAAAUUCACCCGUGCUUGAGACGAUGACUAUUAGGGGUCUUUCUGAACAUGGUUCUUCAGAAGUUUUAAAGAAGUUGCUCCAGUUAAGGCGUACCUCAAGUGCGGAGAUUAUAUACUUGGAUCCCUUGGCGCUCAGAAAAUCAGAUUAA